GCAAAGAUGAGUAAACUGGAAUUAAAGGAAGACAAGAUGCUGAAGGUUCAGUUUGUGGGAGAUGAUGAUGUUCUUAAUCACAUUCUUGAUAGAGAAGGAGGAACUAAAUUAAAAAGGGAACGACCCCAGCUUUUGGUCACAAAGAAAACCAUAAAGAAACCAGAAAGUGAUUUGGAAGAAGAUGAAAAGGAAGUCUUGAAAGAUCAGAACUAUGUGGAUGUUUUAGGAAGAGAUGUUCAAGAGUCCUUGAAAAAUGGCUCUACUCUAGAUGGUGGGAAUAAAGUCUACUCUUUUCAAAAUAAUAAACACUCUGAAAAGAUGGCUAAGUUAGCUUCUGAACUAGCAAAAACACCGAGAAAAAGUGUUUCACUUGAUGUAAAGAGUGAUCCUGAAAUUAUCACAGACAUUCCUCAAAGCAGCAAGGGGCAUUCUGCUUCAGAUGAAGUUCGGUCGAAGCAGAACGAUGACAAAAGUGAAUCGCAACCAGCAAUACCUCGUAAUCUAAGGAAAAGAAAUGAACCAGCAUCUCGUUCUGACAGUGAAAGUGAGUAUUCUGCUUCUAACUCGGAGGAUGAUGAAGGGGUUACACAGGAAUAUGAAGAGGACACUGGUGAAGUCAUAAUGAAUAAAAAGAAUAGCGCUCAGAAUAGAGUGGUUCCUACUUCUAUUUGCAAAGAAACAUGUUCUAAGAAAAUAAAAAGAGAUAAAACAGACGACUUGGUCGAAGAAUAUUUUGAAGCUCAUAGCAGUUCAAAAGUUUUAACCUCUGAUAGAACACUACAGAAACUAAAGAGGGCUAAACUGGAUCAGCAAACUUUACAUACCUUAUUGAGCAAGGUUCCUCCUUCCUUUUCUGCUGAACUUAAACAACUAAAUCAACGAUAUGAACAAUUAUUUCAUAAAUGGAUGUUGCAAUUACACCUGGGCUUCAAUAUUGUGCUUUAUGGUUUGGGUUCUAAGAGAGAUUUACUAGAAAGGUUUCGGACCACUAUGCUGCAGGAUUCCAUUCAUAUUGUCAUCAAUGGCUUCUUUCCUGGAAUCAGUGUGAAAUCAAUCUUGAAUUCUAUAACAGAAGAAGUCCUUGAUCAUAUAGGUACUUUCCGCAGUGUACUGGAUCAGCUAGACUGGAUAAUAAACAAAUUUAAAGAAGAUUCUUCUUUAGAACUCUUUCUUCUCAUCCACAAUUUGGAUAGUCAAACAUUGAGAGGAGACAAAAGCCAGCAAAUUAUUGGACAGUUGUCAUCUUUAAAUAACAUAUACCUUAUAGCAUCUAUUGAUCACCUCAAUGCUCCUCUCAUGUGGGAUCAUGCAAAGCAGAGUCUUUAUAACUGGCUCUGGUAUGAAACUACUACAUAUAGUCCUUACACUGAAGAAACUUCCUAUGAGAAUUCUCUCCUGGUUAAACAGUCUGGAUCACUACCCCUCAGUUCCUUAGUUCAUGUCUUAAGAAGUCUUACCCCUAAUGCAAGGGGGAUUUUCAGGCUGCUAAUAAAGUAUCAGCUGGAAAACCAGGAUAACUCUGCUUACAAUGGACUUUCUUUUCAAGAUUUUUACCAGCAGUGUCGGGAGGCAUUUCUUGUGAAUAGUGAUCUUACACUUCGAGCCCAGUUAACUGAAUUUAGGGACCACAAGCUCAUAAAAACAAAGAAGGGAACUGAUGGAGUGGAAUAUUUAUUAAUUCCUGUUGAUAGUGGAACGUUGACUGAUUUCCUGGAAAAGGAAGAGGAUGAUUCUUGAAGCUAUCCUGUUGUUAGGUUGUCUAUGGAAAGGUUGCCACUGCUCCAAAGUGUUGUGUUUACAGCCAACAUCAGACUCUCUUCUCCAGUAUACAGAAUUUAAGUUGGAUGGGUGAGGAUGUCAUGAAUUAGAAGUUUGAUUGGCCUGGCUGGUGUACCAUCUCUAGGACUGUGCAGCAAUCCUCAA